AUGUAUGCCCCUUUGAACAUUAAUAGCCAACAAGCGGCAAGGAAGCUUAAGGUCUACGAGUUCGACGAGAACAACCCAAAUGACCUAAAGCGAAGGGCUGUUAAUCAGUCCCGGCCCAUGAAAGUCAUUGUACUAGGGACUGGAAUGUCUGGAAUCAUUGCAGGCAUUUUCUUUCCGAGGGAAAUCGAAAACCUUGAUCUUGUCAUAUACGACAAGAACACCGACCUUGGAGGGACAUGGUUUGAAAGCAGAUAUCCUGGAAUCGCAUGUGACGUACCUGCUCAUGCAUACCAGUUCACCUUCGAGAGUAACACUCAAUGGAGUAGCUUCUGGCCCAAGGGACCGGAGAUUAAUGCAUAUCUCAAGUCAGUAGCCACUAAAUAUGACGCCAUCAGGUACAUGAAGUUUGGGAAGAAGUGCGACCAAGCAGUGUGGAACGAAACAACGGGCCAAUGGUCGGUAUAUAUGACGGAUUUGGAAACUGGAAUGGUAUUUGUGGACACUUGUGAUGUUCUCAUUAGUGCUACUGGUGCGUUGAACAAGUGGAAUUGGCCAGACAUUGCCGGACUUCACUCUUUCAAAGGCAAACUUGUGCAUUCUGCUAGCUGGGACACGACUAUUGACGUGACUGGAAAGCGUGUCGCUCUUGUUGGCGGAGGAUCAAGUGGGAUUCAAAUUCUUCCUCAAAUUCAGCCAAAGGCAUCAGAAGUUUUGCACUUCAUGAGAGGCAAGACUUGGAUCCCACCAGUAAGCUUUGGUGCUCAAUCACUUAGGCUGCAGGGCAACAACGCACAAACUCCGGAUGAUCUCCUCGAAAAAUUCAAAAAUGAUCCCAAAAGUUACAUUGAGUUUCGGCGAAAGAUUGAAAGUGAUCUCCAUAGCGCCUCAGAGGUCAUUUACAAAGACACCGAGAUGGCUCGCACCUUCCAGAAGAUGUGUGAAGAGCACAUGAGAUCUAAAUUGGCUAAAAAGCCAGAAAUUCUGGAUGCUCUUCUUCCCGACUAUCCGGUCGCUUGUCGGAGGCUUACACCCGGGCCCGGGUAUCUUGAGGCCUUGGUCCAGGAUAACGUGAAAUUCAUACCAGAAGGGUUAGAAGUGUAUGAAGAUGGUGUUAUCACCAAGGAUGGGACACGCCAUGAAGUCGACAUCAUCAUUACGGCCACGGGCUAUGCUGGAUAUGGACAGCCUUUCCCUUUAUAUGGGCAAGGCGGCACAAAUUUGCAAGCUCUGUGGGACAACGAUGUGCCCGAGGCAUACAUGUCGCUAGCCCCGCAGAAAAUGCCAAACUAUUUCUGCUUUUUAGGCCCAAAUGGUGGGCCCGGACUCGGUUCGACGGUCCCCUUCCUGGAAGCCCAAGGUAAAUACAUGAUUCAGUGCAUUAAAAAGCUCCAGAGGGAAUGGUUGAAGAGCAUCGUUAUAAAAUAUGACGCUGUCAAGGCGUUUGGAGCAUACGUGGACAGGUUCUUGGAGCCUACAGUGUACAAUGGGAAUUGUCGGGUGUGGUGGAGGCACAAAGGAAAUGGGCGACUGCUAGCCAUGUGGCCUGGAAGUGCGCUUCAUGGUAUGUACGCAUGGGCAAAUCCGCGCUGGGAGGAUUUUGACUACGAGCUCAAAGAGGAACAAGGGGGUAACCGGUUUAACUGGCUUGGCAAUGGUUAUGUGACUGCGCAGCUGGUCGGCGAUGUUGCUGGGAUGACAUUUUAUCUGGAUGAUGACAAAUCCUUUGUCCCAGUUCAAAAUCCACUCCUAGCUGGCAAGAGUCCGGCACCAGAGAUCGCCAGUUAA